AUGUCAGCCUCUUCUUCCACCACUCCAAGCUCCACUUUCUCGCCAGAAGAUGAAGAAGCCUUUACCAAUUGGUCCUUUUCACCCCACGAAUUCAUCAUGGGGCACAACCGAGAGGCAUCAUCCUGUUUCGAAGACAACUACGAAAUGGGAGCAUUAGUCGGCGAAGGAGGCUUUGGCAAAGUCUACAGUUGUAUCCAUAAGGCGACCGGUCAAGAACGGGCCGUCAAAGUAGUACACAUGAACAACAGCAUGAAGCAGAAAGCCGUCAAACGAGAAUUCAAGUUGUUGGCGCAAUUGGAUCAUCCCAAUUUGAUCAAAACAUAUGAAUUGUUGCAUGAUAACAACAACGAGAACAACUAUUGCAUUGUGACGGACUUGUACCAAGGCGGAGACUUGUUUGAGCGUGUCCAUGUUCACGGACAUUUGCAAGAAGCAGAGGUUGCAGUGGUGAUGCAACGAUUGCUCUGUGCCAUUCAUGCCUGUCACCAACAGCAGAUUGCCCAUCGAGAUGUCAAAUUGGAAAAUGUCUUGGUUCCACAAGGACAAGGCGACUAUUCCAACCUCAAACUGAUUGACUUUGGAUUGGCCAAAGAAUGGAAUGAGAAAAAUGACCACAAACAACUGCUACAACCAUUUGACGACAGUAUUGGCAGUCCUUCGUACAUUUCUCCACAAAUCAUUGAAGGACAGUACAGUUACAAAUGCGACAUUUGGGCGUUGGGAGUCAUUGCCUAUGUACUCUUGUGUGGCGAACUGCCCUUUGGACCGGCCACCGAUCCACAACAGACCAUUCGCAACAUUACGAAUAGUGGAGACAGUAUUUCCUUUGAUCGCCCACCGUUUUAUGACGUGAAUCCCUCUUGUCUUUCAUUUGUACGGCAACUCUUGACUCAUAGAGAAGACGAACGACCGGAUGCCAUUCAAGCUUUGCAGCAUCCGUGGCUAUUGCAAUUGCAAUUAUUGCAGCCACCACCCAUCAUGAUCCAAUCCAAGCAACAACGCAACAGCAUGAUGACACUCGAAAAGGACAUGCAAAAAGUCCUCAAAGCACUGCAACGAUUUCGCAGUCAUCAUUGCAAAUGGAAACAGGCCGUGGCAGCAUUGUUGGCAGCUCAGUUUCUGUCACAAAAUGAACGAACCGACACGGUCUUUCGGGCACUCGAUCCAUCUGGCAAUGGACACGUGCAACUACAAGAUCUUCACAAAGCAUUUGCCAUGUAUUGUGGUGUCAAUGGGACACUGGAGGAUCUACAAGAACUGCUCCUGCCCAUUACUACAUGUACCAACUCGACGACGACAAUGAGAUAUUCGGAAUUGUUGGCCAUUUGUGCCUUGGAACAAGCGGCCAAACAACAACAAAAGAAUUCUAGUAGUAAAAAGAAGAAUCUUCUUCCAGCAGUCGGAGGAGGAGGAGAGUGUUGUUGUGUCGAAGCGGUCUAUCGAUAUUUGGACCCGGAUCACAAGGGGUAUAUUACCGCGCUCGAUUUGCAGAGGGGGUUGCGAUUGGAGCCAGAUACGUGGGCGGCCCACACGGGGACUCGCAUGAUGAUUGCGCAAGUCAGCAGCAACAAUAACAGUCAGGUCAUUUCUCAAGAAAUGUUCCAGCAGACCAUGUUGGGCAAACGGGCUUCUUCCUCCAUGAAAUUAUUGCCAUCGUGGACCAAAAACAUGGGCAAGUUUGUGGAUGAUCUAUGGUCGACGAGCAAGCAAUAA